UGAAAAUCGGAACUCGGUGUUUCAAAUUGUUGCGACGAUCAUGUGCAGCUUCUAAAGAUUUAUCUACUAAUUGCAUAUCAACAAGAUGAUGGAGGCCGGGGAACUAACAUGUACAGUAACAAUUGAAGAACUGCAGCACACAGGGGAGGUUAUCAAAAAGACACUCCACCGCAACCUGACCCUGGCUCUUGGUCGCGACAGCUUCUCGGAUCUGGUUUUGAGGGUGUCGCACAGCAAGAAGACCGACAAAUACCCGCUGAAGGAAGUCCUCAUUCACAAGAAGUUUGUCAAGGAUGGCAAGGCCACAGUGAAGCUUCCAGACCACAAGGUUCAGUUCCUGCUGUGUAACUGUCCCCCCGAUAAACUGAUUGUCUUUCUCAAGACACUCAGCACCAAGCUGGAGUGUCUGCGGGACAAAGGUUUCACAAGCAUGAGAAAAAAACUUUUGUCAGACAUACCGGUCUCCUUCCAGGAGAUUAGUCCACUCACGGUAAAAGACUUGCAGACGGCUCAAGCUUGUAAAGUAAAGCAGAAAGAAAACAAUGUUCCUCCGGUAAUUUCAAAGGGAGGAAUCAAAAGAAAACGGACAGUUGACACUGAAGUGGUAAACCAGACUUCUUCGCAGUCUGUGGUUGUUUUUAAGAAACAGAGAAGUGAAACCUUGUUGAAUAUGAAACCGUCUCUGAGUGUCUUGAAUAAGGAACAGACAGCGGUUUUAGAGGCAGUGCUGCAGAGAAAGAACAUAUUCUUCACUGGAAGUGCGGGUACUGGGAAGACUUUCCUCAUGAAAAGAAUCAUUGGUGCACUGCCUCCUCAACAUACAUUUGCCACAGCGAGUACUGGAGUGGCUGCCUGUCAGAUAGGGGGGACAACUGUACAUGCAUUUGCUGGAAUAGGGUCUGGCCAGGCUGCUAUACAGCAGUGUAUUGAACUGGCAUCUCGGCCACAGAUCACUCAACAGUGGAAGAAGUGUCACCACCUGAUCAUCGACGAAAUUUCCAUGGUCGAUGGAGAGUUCUUUGACAAGCUGGAGACAGUUGCCAGAGUUGUGAGGCAGAAUGAUGAACCUUUUGGAGGCAUACAGCUCAUCAUGUGUGGUGAUUUUCUACAGCUACCUCCUGUUACCAAGGACGACAAAAAACGGAAAUUUUGCUUCCAGAGUCGUGCCUGGCACAAGUGUAUUCAGAUAAACCUGGAGCUUCAGGAAGUGAGGCGACAGUCUGACAAACACUUCAUCGACAUUCUACAGCACAUUCGGCAUGGCAGAUGUCCUGAACAUGUUGUUACCACUCUAAAAGCCACAGCGAAGAACGUGAUUCACAGGAACGGUAUCCAGGCAACGCGGCUGUGCACCCACAAGGAAGAUGUGGAGGAGAUAAACAAACAUCACCUACACAAACUUACCGGUGAAACACAUACCUUUGUUGCGACAGACUCUGACAGUGUUUACACCAAGCAACUCGAUAAUUUAUGUCCCGUAAAAGGUCAUUUAGUUUUGAAGAGUGGAGCACAGGUAAUACUGGCAAAAAACCUGGAUGUUCAGAAAGGAUUGGUCAAUGGCGCUAGAGGAGUUAUUACUGGGUUUGAACAAGGCAAUGAAGGUUUUCCGGUUGUGAAGUUUGUUUGCGGUGUGGAAGAGGUGAUCAAGCCGGUCCGCUGGGCCAUGAAGGCCGGGAGUGGCCUGUGUUUGAUGAGGAAGCAGAUCCCACUGAAACUCGCCUGGGCUAUCUCCAUUCAUAAGAGCCAGGGUAUGUCUCUUGACUGUGUUGAGAUCUCCCUGUCGCGAGUGUUCGAGUCUGGACAGGCAUACGUGGCUCUGUCCCGUGCCCGGAGUCUGCAGGGCCUGCGUGUGAUAGACUUUGACAAGAGCUGUGUGCGGGCCAACCCUGAGGUGCUCAAGUUCUACCACAAGCUGAACCUCACUCAGAGGAUGUUACAGUCUCACAUGGGAGACUUCCAGCUGCCUGUAGCUCCCACACGUAGUACACACUGGUGAUAGUACACACUAGUGAUAGUACACACUGGUGAUAGUACACACUGGUGAUAGUACACACUGGUGAUAGUACACACAGGUGAUAAUGGUGAUAGUACAUGCUGAUGAAGAGACACACUGGUGAUAGUACGCACUGGUGAUAGUACUGUGAUCUCACUCAAAGGAUGUUCCUGUAGCUCUCACUCGUAGUACACACUGGUGAUACUGGUAAUAGUACUGUGAUCUCACUCGUAGCACAUCCUGGUGAUCUCACAUUGCUUUAUAGUAUAUAGAGUAAUUAGUGAUUGAGCUGUGAUCUCUCAAUGCUUGUAGAACAUACAGGUGAUGGAACUGUUAUCUCUCAAUCCUGAUAGUACACAUUAACCAGCCUUGGAACCAGGGCUUUGUAAAAGAGAGUCUUUUAUUAUUAUUUUUAUGUUAGCAGGGGAAAUAAGGUGUGUGUGUGUGUGUGUGCGUGCCACUCUGUGACUCCCCUUUGGAUCCGCACCUGUUAUUGAUGGAGAGACCUGAUAAUGCUCACUGAUUGUGCCAGUCUUAUUGGUUGUUGGUAUACAGUUAGAAUCUGCUUACAUGAUUGUGGUCACUUGAUAAUGGAUAUGUUGCAGAAACCGGAUGUGCUAUGAAACCUAGUAUCUUUCACUUGUAAGUUGUAAUACAAAUGUCAGUCUGUUUGUUGCAAAAGCUGAAACGAGAUUUGUUGGUUGCUGGUGAUCAGUAGAUGUGUGCACAUAAUUGUGCGUUUUUGUGGUAAAAUUGUAUUUUACAUAUAAAUCUAUAGCUUUCAUGAAUACACAACCAAAUUAAAAAACAAAACAAAACAACAUUACUACAUGGUAAAGUUACAAGUAUUUUGCCCUUUCAUAGACAUCCACCUGGUUAUUUAUUGUAGCAACAUUCUUAAGGGAUAGCUCUGGGUGAUCAGAAAAUUUCGCAAAUUAUUUUUAAAAAAAGAAAUUUAUAGUUAUUUUUUUCAACAAAAUAUCAAUGAUUACACUUCUUUUUUUCACCAAAUGAAAAUAUAAUAUGCCAAUUGUUCUUAAAAUUCGCAAUUGACAAAUUUGUCAAGUGGCAAGCUAGCCGCGAUUCUUGGUUGUGAUGAUUUGCAGGAACAAUGCAGAUUGUAAAUGUUAAAAUGUGUUUUAUCCUUAAGAAUAUUUUUUUUAGAUGUAUUUGCCACAUGUUUUAUUUUAAAAUGUAGCAUCUAAUAUAACUAAUAUAAUAUUGUGAAGAUUAGAAAAUGUUUUAUUAUUGUACCCUGAAAGUUUGUGAAUUUGGCAGACAAAGUUUUAAUAAAGGUAUGCCCUGGGUGUUCAUUAUCUUUCAAAGUAAUAUGCUGUUGAAGAAUAGUAGAUGGCUACAUAUCUGUGAAGUGCAUUACGAUUUACAGUUAUCAUAAGCAUGAAAAGUUGGUGGCAGUGAUGUCAUCAUAGUAACUUGCCACAAAUCACUGUCUGCCGCCUACUAAAAAAAUACAUACAGCCAGUUAUGUUUGUAAACAUGCUAUCACAUUGUCACCGCUAGUCCAAACUGAUCAGUAUUAUGUGUCUGUUAUGCAUUUGCCUUAUUUCAUUUUAAAAAACACAAACCUUACUUAAGUUAUACUGAGUGUAUUAUUUUUGACAGAUUUAUGUACUAUCACAUCGUCAAAUGAGUACUGUCAAAACAACUUUGUGCAAUAAUGACUGCAAAUACAGGUAGUUAUAGAAAUAUUUGAUAAUAAAACUUAGACUGGUAUACUAUUACAGUUGCCAUCUUGUUGCAUAAUUGUGCGAUUGUCUUCAUAUUAUAGCAUAGAGUGAUCUUAUUUCAGUAUUUGUAUUUUAUAUUUAUUUGAAUAAAAUGUGACACAAGGAAAA